AUGAGCAAGUUUUCUCGCCUGGCAGCGGCAACACCAGGCGGCCAAACACCGGGUGCACCCCAACCACCUACGAGUCCCUACCCCCAACAACAGCCCUCGCCUUAUAAUCAGCCUCCUGUACCUCCUAGGCCGAGCGCAUCACCACAGCCAUACCAACAGCCUGCGUGGCAGUCUCCUCAGUCACAGCAGCAGCAGUAUGGCCAGCAGCUAGGAGUUCCGCCACAAGGAGGAUAUCAAGGUGGGGGUUAUCAAUCGCCGCAGCCGCAGUCAGCAUACACUUCAUACCAAUCGCAGUAUCAACCACCAAAUCAAUAUGGCGGGCCACAGUACCAACAGCAGCCGUAUCAGCAACCGCAGAACAGUGGAUAUGGAUAUGGUGGGCCCCCAGGACAAGGACAAGGCCAACCUCCUUACCCCGGCGGACCUCAGGGCGGCGGCCCUCCUCCUCAGCAAUAUGGCGGCCAAGCUCCCUACGGAGGUGCCCCCGGAGGCCCCGGCGGCCCUCCCCCAGCUCCGGUCGGAAACGCAGGCGGCUACAAGCAACUUCUACAAGCAACAAUUCAAGAGAAAGGCCUUCAGAGUUUCUACCCACCAAACUCCCCAGUUCUUGACCAGGUUGCCAAUCGAGCAGCUCAACAAAUCGCACAGCUGGCGGCAACAUGGCGCAUCAAUCCCGAGAUCGCCUCGGACGUCGUCAAGCUGGCACUCUACGACGUCGUGCUGUACAUUGAUGACAGCGGUUCCAUGCAGUUUGAAGAGAACGGAGAGCGUAUUGACGAUUUGAAGUUGAUAUUGUCGCGUGUCGCUUAUGCCACCAGUCUCUUCGACGAGGAUGGCAUCCAAGUCCGGUUCAUGAACUCUCCCGACGGUGGUAAUAACAUCCGCAGCGAGCAACAAGUAAACGAAAUGGUCGCGCGCACUCGCUUCUCCGGCCUGACUCCCAUGGGAAGAGAACUCGACAAUAAGAUCCUGCAACCAUUGGUUCUCCAACCGGCUCGCAGUGGCCAACUCCGCAAGCCGGUCUUGGUCAUCACCAUCACGGACGGUCAACCCACUGGUGAGAGCUCCGGGGACGUGGCCAGGAUCAUCAAGAACGCCUCGAACGAGCUGGCUAGAAACCCUCGUUACGGUAAAGGUGCAUUGGCCUUCCAGUUCGCUCAGGUCGGCAAUGAUCUCAAGGCUCGUGAAUUUUUGAGCAAGUUGGACGAGGAACCGACGAUUGGCGACAUCAUUGAUUGUACAUCCAAUUACGAAGUUGAAGCCGACGAGAUGUCACGCGCAAAUCCACCAGUCAACCUCACUCCAGAGUUGUGGCUCAUCAAGCUUCUCCUCGGUAGUAUCGAUUCUUCCUAUGAUUCGAAAGACGAAAAGAGCAACGCCCCUCGACCCCCUCCUCAACAGGGUGGCUAUGGAGGCCCACCUCCCCAGGGCGGCUACGGCGGAGGAUAUCCCCCUCAAGGUGGCUACGGCGGCCCUCCUCCGCAGCAAGGUGGCUACGGCGCUCCCCCUCCUCAGCAAGGUGGUUAUGGUGGCCCUCAAGGCGGCUAUGGUCGACCUCCUCCACAGGGUGGCUACGGUGGACCCCCGCCGCAGCAGGGAGGCUAUGGUGCACCUCCUCCGCCUCCGCGAUAUUAA